UCAGAGGCUUCCGACCUUCCUGAUUGGAAGGACCAGAUUCCAUGGUGCUUGGCAGCAGAGGUGGACAACUGUAUCUUCACAGACCUUUUGGCCACUCCUGGCUUUGCCCCAGCUUGGAGAAGGGAUCACGGGCUUGUGUUCGGUCGGAAUUUGCCCAGAACAGGGUCUCAGGUUUCUGGGAGGACAGAAAGAGCUGGGGAAAAAUCAUGGCUGAUGAUCAACCUAAUCAACCGCAUUCCCAGUCUGAGGACCAGAGUCCCCAGCCUAGCACCUCAGGGUACCAGCUCAAUGUGGUGGAUGAUGAAAUCCCAGGACCAUCAGCCCCCUGGGUAGACCCCCGCCCCAUGCCUGAGUCCCCCACAAGGAAGAGAGGAAGGGAUGAGUCAGAUGAGGAGACAGGCUCUGGCGCUGAGGACAUCUGGGUCGUGGAGUCACUGUGUGGCCUCAAGAUGAAGUUGAAGAGACAACGGGUGUCUUCAGUGCUCCCUGAACACCACGAGGUCUUCAAAAAGUUGCUUGAGGAUCCUGUCAUUCAAAAAUUUCUGGCCUGGGACAAAAAUCUGAGCGUAUCCGACAAGUAUCUCCUGUCUAUGGUCAUAGCUUACUUCAGCCGUGCUGGCCUCUUCUCUUGGCAGUACCAGCGAAUCCAUUUCUUCAUAGCCCUCUACCUGGCCAAUGAUAUGGAAGAGGAUAACCAGGCCCCCAAACAGGCCAUCUUUUCAUUCCUCUAUGGGAAGAACCGGUCCGAGCGACCCUUGUUCCACAAACUGAGAUUCCAAUUUAUACGAUCCAUGAACUGGAGGACCAGGGUGUCCCGAGAAGAGUGUGAAGAGAUCCAGGCUUUUGAUCCAGACCUGUGGGUGUGGGGGCGAGACCGCCUCACUCUGAUGCCCUAG